GCUCGAGACCACUGCGUAUAUAGCCAAGGCCAUGUCCACUCGUCGCGCCACCAACUGUAUCUGAAUCCGCUGCACUAAACGGACCCUCCAUAUCCAGCUCAGACCAUCACUCUCACCCCUUUCUCUAAUAUACAAAUCUUGGCCAAAGGCCCCAUCAUCAUGGCUACUGUCGACCUCCCGACUCUCCAAUUCACCCCUGUGGAGGAGAUCCCUGCGAAAGUCAGGAAGGUGCGCACUACUUUCUUCCAACACAAGACUCGUCCUAUCGAGUUCCGGAUUCAACAGCUGCGAAAGCUAUACUGGGCCUUGAAAGAUCGUGAACAUUUAGUCGUGGAAGCCCUCUACCGGGAUUUGGGGAAGCCAAAAUAUGAAACUUAUGUAUCUGAAAUCAACAUAGUGGAGAACGAUAUCGUCUUCAUACAAAAAAACGUGGCCAAGUGGGCCAAGGACGAAAAAGCCCAGAAUAUUGAUAUGCCGUUUACCUUGAUGAAGCCGAGAAUCAGAAAGGACCCUUUGGGCUGCGUCCUUGUGAUUGGAGCUUUUAACGUUCCGUUUAGCCUCAAUAUUCUUCCAUUAAUUGGUGCUAUCGCGGCAGGAAAUACAGUCGUGGUUAAGCCGAGUGAAUCUUCGCCCAACUGUGCCGCUGUGCUGCAGGAAAUUAUCGAAGCUGCAAUCGAUCCAGAUGUUGUGUCUGUCGUCCAGGGGGGAGCUACAGAAACCCAGGCUCUUCUAGCUGAGCGCUGGGACAAAAUCUGCUUUACUGGCAACGCUACCGUCGGCCGUAUUGUUGCCCAAGCUGCUGCUCCCAACCUGACCCCAGUUCUACUCGAGCUUGGUGGCCGCAAUCCAGCAUUUAUCACCAAGAAAGCCGAUGUGCGACUGGCUGCAAGACGGCUAUUUUGGGCUAAGACUUUCAACGCUGGCCAGAUUUGCCUGUCGCAAAACUACAUCCUUGUCGAUAAAGAGAUCGUGUCGCAACUGGUGACGGAGUUUGGCAAGGUGUGGAAGGAGUUCUACCCAGAUGGCGUGAAGGCAUCCCCAGACUUCUGCCGUAUCAUUAACGAUGCCGCUUUCCGCCGGAUUAAAGACAUGAUUGAUAGCACGAAGGGCAAGAUUCUGCUUGGGGGCACAAUGGAUGAGAAGGAGCGGUUUAUUGAACCGACUUUGGUCCAGGUCGAUUCUGCAGAUGAUCCUCUCGUCCGCUGGGAGACCUUUGGCCCAAUAAUCACUAUUUUGCCUGUAGGCGACCUUGAUGAGGCCAUUAGGAUCUCAAAUGAUGUCGAUAAUACUCCGUUAGCCGCUUACGCAUUUGGAACAAAAAAGGAGGUCGAAAAAGUCCUCUCCUGCGUCCGUUCCGGAGGUGCCACAAUAAACGACACCUACAUGCACGGCAUCAUUCCAAACGUGCCCUUCGGUGGUGUCGGUGAGAGUGGAAGCGGUGCCUACCAUGGGCGAAGCAGCUUCGAUGCAUUCGUGCACCGGCGGUCGAUCGCCACCACACCAGGCUGGGUCGAACGAAUGCUCUCUGUUCGAUACCCACCAUACGCUGGAAAGUUGCGGAGCACACUCCGGUCCGGGACAGUGGCUCCCAAUUUCGAUCGGAGUGGGAGAACAACGACUGGCUUUUGGGGCUGGAUAAUUUGGUUCAUUACGUUUGGUGGAGGCGCUAAUAAGUCCGGAGCAAGUCGUGCGGCUGUUGCUGUUGUCGCCGCCAUCGCCCUCAACUACUACAUCAAGCGCAGAGUCAAAGUCUAAAUCCAAAAGAAUUUCAUAGGGCCAUAAAUCAGGUCCAUGGAAACAUCCAUCAUCUUCGCGUCUUCCUCCAUUUGCGACUAGCUAUUGCGAAGUAACAUCUUUAUUCUCAGCAUGAUUAGUUAUUGUUUAUUGAUUACUUAAUUAGUUCUGUACCUAUCUAACUAGUUAUCCAUUUUCCUUGGGGGAAAAAAAACCUCUUAUGAUCUCUUAAUCGAUUUCGAUGGACCUCCACUCCCAUUGCCCAGCCCUUGCAUUACUGUCCCCCGUCUGUCCCAUGCUUCUCUACGUUUACCAUGGCAAAAGGUUUCCCUUCCAUUCAUUGGGAUCUCCAGUUCCGCUUCCUUGCUCUUUUACAUUUUCUUCUUUAGUGUUUUCUCUCUAAAGCUAUUAUGUAUGUUCGUAUAUGUAUGUGCCGUAAAAUGUGGCCGUAAAUUUGAAAUAGCACUUCCUGCUUACGCCUUUCUG